AUGGCCAAAAAAUAUCCACCUGUUUAUACCACUUCGACCGGUGCACCGGUUUCAGACCCUUUCUCUACACAGAGAAUUUCAAUAAAAAAGGAUGGUUACAAGUAUGCACCACCAACAGGACCAUUACUUCUGCAAGAUUUUAAGUUAAUCGAUUCCUUGGCCCAUUUUGACAGGGAGAGAAUUCCAGAAAGAGUUGUACAUGCCAAGGGUGCAGGUGCGUUUGGAUACUUUGAGGUGACUGAUGACAUUUCGGAUGUCUGCAGUUCGAAGUUUCUGAACACAAUUGGCAAGAAGACCAGGACAUUCACCAGAUUUUCCACAGUCGGUGGCGAAAGGGGAUCGGCCGAUUCUGCAAGAGAUCCAAGAGGUUUUGCCACGAAGUUCUAUACGGAGGAUGGUAACUUGGACUUGGUGUACAACAACACGCCAAUAUUCUUUAUCAGAGAUCCUACCAAGUUCCCACACUUCAUUCACACCCAGAAAAGAAACCCUCAGACCAAUUUGAAGGAUGCGAAUAUGUUCUGGGACUACCUUACUGCCAACCCUGAGUCGCUUCACCAGGUGAUGUAUCUUUUCACGAAUCGUGGAACUCCUGCAUCGUUGAGAAUGAUGAAUGGCUACUCUGGACACACGUACAAGUGGUAUAACGCGAAAGGAGAGUGGAAGUAUGUUCAGGUUCACUUCAAGUCGAAAUUGGGGGUCCAUAACCUGAAUAAUGAGCAGGCGGGUGAGCUGGCCGGUGCUGAUCCCGAUUUUGCAACCAGGGAUCUUUUUGAGGCAAUCGAGAAGGGUGACUUCCCAGUGUGGGAGUGCUACAUACAGACCAUGAGCCUCGAGGAGUCCAAGAAGUUGCCAUUUUCCGUCUUUGACCUCACAAAAGUCUGGCCGCAUAAGCAAUUCCCAUUGAGGCACUUUGGCCGCCUGGUGCUCAACGAAAAUCCACAAAACUACUUUGCAGAAGUGGAACAGGUUGCAUUCUCACCUUCAAAUACGGUCCCAGGAAUGGAGGCAUCAAAUGAUCCUGUCUUGCAAUCCAGACUCUUCUCGUAUCCAGAUACACAGAGACACAGACUUGGUACAAACUUUGCCCAGAUACCGGUGAAUUGUCCGUUCAAAUCCGGUUCAUUUGCUCCGCAGAUAAGAGAUGGCCCUAUGUGUGUCAAUGGCAAUCUUGGACCAACUCCUAACUAUGCUAAUGCCUACAACUGCCCGGUUCAGUACAAUGCAAAGGCAAAGCCUUCCGGCGAUAAGCCUGACGAGGAAUAUUCAGGAGAGGUUGUUCCAUUCCAUUGGACGGUUACUGACUACGAUUAUGUUCAGCCUGGCAAACUUUGGGAUGUUCUAGGAAGAGAGCCUGGAGAACAGGAGGCACUAAUCCACAAUGUGGCUACCAAUGCCAUUAAUGCCAACGAUGAAAUCCAGGAGAGGGUUUGCGAAUAUUUCGGCAAGGCCAAUCCUGAGAUUGGAGUGUCUCUUCACCGUGCCCUUCAAGAGUUGAAGAAUAAGGGGAAGAUGUAA